AUGACCUUGUGCCGCGAGCUGGACCUAGCAGUCCUUGCUGGUAUAUGCAUCACAGCGCAGGAGGGGGCAAUAGAUGUCAUGAUGCUCCCAUAUGACAUGCUUGAUGAUUUGGCGGUCUCAGCGUUUCAGUUUACUGGAAUACUCAGCAUCGGCCUAGCACCCAGGUCUCGGGUCAGGGUGGCAUUCACAACCACUCGAGAGACUAAAGUGGCGACAGUUCUUCAAGACAAGAAUACACCUCGACUUCAGCAGCAUGUAACGUCACUCAUACUGCAACUGAACCGUACGGAAACCUUUGAUAUAAGAAAGCCCGGUCUGAUGGAGUGCAGCUCAAUGAUUCUCGAGGUCGUUACCCACAGACAAAUGGCCACAAAUGUGAGAAAGCUUCAAAUGUCUGCAUAUCGCUACGGCCCCUCAUGGACAAAACCACUGGCCAUUGAGUCUUUGGAUUGGCUGCAUCUUUUAGCACAGGGUUCAACCCUCGGCGUGGCUUGUCCGAAGAGUGGAUUCGACCAAAAGGAAUACGAACUCCAGCCAACUUCUCGACCAGGGGCACAAUCACGAGAUAGCUCGAUACUUAGGCACCAGGGGCCAGCCAGGCAACAUUGGAGGAAUUUCGGAACAAGCCGUCGAAGUCUGUUUGAUCUAGUGGCAUAA